CUUAAAAAAUAUCAAUAUCCCACGCUUGAAUCCGACUGGGACUUGUAGUAAUGCUUCCUCUGAUCCCCACCGUCCUCGUUCUCCUCCUCUGCCCCUCGCUCCUCGCGAGGCCCGCCCCGGACGGGGCUAGCCCGACCGACACGUGGCGGUCGUCCGAGCGGCUCCUGGGCGCGGGGCGCGGGAGCCACGUGGCGGGCGUGGGGGACCUGAAGCGCUACCUGGCCCGGUUCGGCUACCUCCCCGGCUCGGCCGCGUCGGACCGGACCGACUCGUUCGACGCCCGGUUCGAGUCGGCCGUGAGCCUCUACCAGACCCGGCUCGGCCUCCCGGUCUCGGGCAAGCUCGACGCCGCCACGCUCGCCGAGAUCGCCGCCCCGCGCUGCGGCGUCCCCGACCGCCCCGCCGCCCGAGCCGACUCGGUCCGGCGCUUCGCGUUCUUUCCGGGCUCACCCCGCUGGGCCCGGCCCGGCCCGUUGGUGCUGACGUACGCGAUCUCGCCCGCGGCGACGAUCGACUACGUGCCGCGCGCGGCGGUGGCGGCGGCGUUCCGGCGCGCGUUCGCGCGGUGGGCGCGGGUGAUCCCGGUGCGCUUCGCGGAGGCGCGCGACUACGGCGCCGCGGACGUGAAGGUGGGGUUCUACGCGGGCGAGCACGGCGACGGCGAGCCCUUCGACGGGGUGCUCGGGGUGCUCGCGCACGCGUUCUCGCCGGAGAGCGGCCGCCUCCACCUCGACGCGGCGGAGCGGUGGGCCGUGGACUUCGACGCGGAGAGAUCGGCGGUGGCGGUGGACUUGGAGUCGGUGGCGACGCACGAGAUCGGGCACGUGCUGGGGCUGGCGCACUCGCCGGUGAGGGGGGCCGUCAUGUACCCGAGCCUCAGACCCCGGACCAGGAAGGCGGAGCUCGGCGCCGACGACGUCCGAGGGGUGCAAGCGCUCUACGGCUCCAACCCCAACUUCAGCUUCAGCUCGCUCUCCGCAUCGUCGUCCGACACGUCCGCCUCCGCUUCCGUCGCCGCCGCAUGGAGUAGUACUAGUACUCGUGUAGGAAUAGUUCUGGUGGCGGCUGCGACCGUUAUUUUUCCGUUUAUAUGAUGUGUCCCUCCCUUUGAGUUUGUGUAGAAGCUGGUUACGGUGAAUUGGUGGGUCCUAGAAGGAGAGGAGGGGAGGAGGGAAGAAGAGUUCUCUGCUCUCAUUCAUUUAUUUUGUUUUGUGUAGAUAUAUAUAGCAAGUUAAAUAUGUUUGACUGAAUGAUCGGCUA